AUGGGUGCGUUCACUUUCGUCGGCGUUGCUGUCACCUCCUCCACCGGCGUGAUUUUUGGGCAUAUUUUGGCGAUUUUUGGGAUCAUUUUGGCCACUGUCACCACCAAUGUCGCCGCCAAUGUGGUGGCGCCGGCGAAUGCGUUGGUCAAUCUCAGCCCUUCUUAUUUCACUUUCAACAGAGGGGCACUUCUCACCGCCGUGAUUGGCAUUUUUUUUCAGCCGUGGAGGCUUCUAAGCUCGAGUGAGAGCUUUGUUUACACUUGGCUUGUUGGGUAUUCGGCGGUGUUGGGGCCGAUUGGCGGCGUCAUGGUGGCGGAUUACCAUUUCAUUCGGAAGAGGGAACUGAUAGUUGAGGAUUUGUAUUCUUCGAAUCCGACAGGGGCUUAUUACUACUCCGGUGGGUUUAAUUUGGCGGCUGUGGCGGCGCUGGUGGUCGGAAUUUUGCCGGUGAUUCCUGGGUUCUUGGAGAAGGUGGAGAUUUUGUCAAAUGUUCCUAAAAUGUUUAGGGUGAUUUACGGGAAUGCUUGGUUUAUUAGCACCUUUUCGCCGGAUUUUUCUAUUGGGGUCUCUCCAAUUUGUUUAAACGACCAAAAGUUUAAGCCAUUUUGA